ACUAGCCGGCGCAUCGCGAGCAGGUUGAGGAGUCUGUAGCGGCGGCGGGCGACAUGGACAACGCGGGGAAGGAACGAGAGGCAGUGCAGCUGAUGGCGGAGGCCGAGAAGCGAGUCAAGGCCUCGCACUCCUUCCUCCGAGGGCUGUUCGGAGGAAACACAAGAAUAGAAGAGGCAUGUGAAAUGUAUACUAGAGCUGCAAACAUGUUCAAGAUGGCUAAAAACUGGAGUGCUGCAGGAAAUGCCUUUUGUCAGGCCGCCAAGCUCCACAUGCAGCUUCAGAGCAAGCACGACUCUGCCACCAGCUUCGUAGAUGCAGGGAAUGCGUACAAGAAGGCGGACCCUCAAGAGGCUAUCAACUGCUUAAAUGCAGCCAUCGACAUUUACACAGACAUGGGAAGGUUCACGAUUGCCGCCAAGCACCACAUCACCAUCGCUGAGAUCUACGAGACUGAGCUGGUGGACAUUGAAAAGGCUAUUGCACAUUAUGAACAGUCUGCCGAUUAUUACAAAGGAGAAGAAUCUAAUAGCUCUGCCAACAAGUGUCUGCUGAAGGUGGCCGCCUAUGCUGCGCAGUUGGAGCAGUACCAGAAAGCCAUCGAGAUCUACGAGCAGGUUGGGGCAAGCACAAUGGACAACCCUCUGCUGAAAUACAGCGCCAAGGACUACUUUUUCAAGGCAGCACUCUGCCACUUCAUCGUGGACGAGCUGAACGCCAAGCUUGCUCUCGAGAAAUAUGAGGAGAUGUUUCCAGCAUUUACUGAUUCAAGAGAGUGUAAAUUAUUGAAAAAACUUCUAGAAGCUCAUGAAGAACAGAACAGUGAAGCUUACACUGAAGCAGUGAAAGAGUUUGACUCGAUAUCGCGCUUGGACCAGUGGCUGACCACUAUGUUGCUACGUAUCAAGAAGUCCAUCCAGGGCGAUGGCGAAGGGGACGGGGACCUAAAGUGAAGCGUCUCUGUCUUCAUGGCAUGUAGCGCCUUCCUCUUUAGUUUGUGUUAGGGCAAAGUGAUCCCAUGGGAUACCCAUUUAAUGGCUUCAUUCUGUUGCCUGUGAGCCCAGCAAUCUGUGUUGUUCACGCCAUGUCUGCGUGACUGUGAAGCGGCUGAGUGGAGGCUCCUGUUACUGUUGUGUUCGUGACGACCAAGUCCAUUUCAUGCUCGGCCCCCAGAGCUAGGCGAGAAGAGCUUCAGAGCUUCCUUCCGUGAUGUCCACAGGCCCCUCUUUCAUGCUGCUGUGUUUGUGCUCUGUUCCCUAGACUGCAGGACUCAUCUCGCUAAGAGAUGCUUCACUGACUGUGCGUUGGCAUCUGGAUGUAUUCUUUUGGUGUGUUCAGUCUGGGGUGGAUAUUAGGAUGAAUUUAUGACCUCAUUAACAAUCGUUUCUUUUUAUUCUCUAAUAUUUUGACAGCGCUAGUGACAGCUUGCUUUGCUUUUCUAUUGUCUGUGUGCUUACAUGUGUGUGGCAGAGCUCAAAGCAGUAGUGUCUGCAGGAAUCACUUGCUUUGGCAGGAGCAGCUCACGGGCAGGACUGGCUUCUUGUGUGGAUGAAAGUCAAGGUGGGUUUUAUGGGUUUGCACUCAUGCACAUACCCCCAAGUUUCUAAAAUGUGUGGGAAGCGGAACUGGUGCUUUCUCAGGAGACCAUCUCUGCUUUGUGUGGGGUGAGAGUGCAGUCAUUGGGGUGUCUUGCUCUUCGUUCGUGUCUGUACACUUGCAGGCGCUGCACUGUGUGCCAUGCUGUGCUCGUGACAGUCUUGUCAGGUGUGUGGACUCUCCCUGGUCAGUGUGUGAGUGUGUGAUUGCCUUCGCCAUCUGUUGAGUGCUCAGGAUGGCACGGGAAGUGAGUGUGCCUGGUCAGGUGAGCCUCCUGCCUCCAUCCAGGCACUGGCUUGCGUCCGAGCUAGUGGGUUUAUUGCAGCCUGUGCUGUCCUCUCAGGUCCAUGACCUGUGUGUGCUCUUGAGCUGAGCGUGUGGUCAUUACGGGUACUGUACUCAGACAUGGGCCUAUUCCCGGAGUAUCCUGUGCAUAUUUUUGUGCGGAAGUGGUUUGAGAUGCAUAUGUUGCCUGACGUCUCACACACCCCUUUCUAAAUUGUGAAGAUUUAGGGGGUGAGGAGUACCUGAUGAGGUUGCCAUACAUUGUGGCCCUUGGCUAGGCUUGUUAGGCUUUUGCUGUGAAGAAGAAUGGCUUUUCCAGGCCAGCAGAGAGGCUGGAGGAGGAGGACAGAGAGCAGGUCAUCAAUAAGUAGAAAAGCACAUGCUGAGCCUGAUGUGGAGGUCACUGUUGGGCGACUCAGCCACUGUGUUGAUGGGCCAAGUGUCCUGGGGUGCCAGAAGCUCGGUGGUGUCCCAGCGUCCAGUUGAGUGGGUAUAGAGGAACAGAUCCUGGAGUUUCACCUGCAGGGUUCUUGAUUCUAGAAUGAAAGCACCCAUCAGUGAGGGGAGGGCUUGGACCAAAGCCAGAGUGGGUGCACCUCGACACCCAGGUAGAAUGUACUCUGAAGGAAUGGCCAGAGGAAAGUGAUUUCUGUUGCCGCACCUAGUGUUCCAAGCCAGCCUCAUGCACACCUGGAGCGAGAGGGCAGGUGGCUGUGAGUCCGUUUUAGCACCAGCCACCAAGGAGCUGUGUUUGUACACCAGCUCAGACUCUUCUUGGCCUUGUGAAGUAGAUGCCAGGUGCUGUCUCUGGGCGUUUUGUUUAGCGUUCAGCAUGAGCCCUCACAGGUCCAUUGUAAGAAGGUAUAGUUUUCACAAACAUCAGCUGUAUUAUUUCACCAAGUCAGAAAGUGGCUUAUUUCUAUUAAAAUAAAUGCUAGGACCACUUCCUGGAGUAAGAAAUAAGUUUUGUUUCUAGUAUUUCAUGUGCCAGGGAUAUAGCUCAGCAGCACAGUACCUGCCUGGCAAGCAUAAGGUCCUGAGUUCGAUUCCCAAUACCAAAAAAAUAAGUCUUGAAGCUCCCUGGUGGUCUAGUGCUUAGGAUUUGGCACUCUAAUAUUUCACGUGAAAAGAGUAAAAAUAAUUACAAUGGCAAGAACAGACCUGCCAGAAUCAGUGAAAGGAGAAUGAGAAAAGAGCCCAGGCAGUCACAUGCGAACUCGCUUCCCCGCUGUCCUGUGGACGCAGGGCAGUACUGGUCUCAGGAUGCCCGGGAGGUGGUGGUGCAAACUUCAGAAUGCCAUCCCUGAGCAGAACAGAAUGAUCAUUUAUGUUCCAGUUCUUGUCUUUUCGCAGCUCUGGGGUCACUUCAUAGUUAAAGUCAGUUCGUAUUUCUUACAGGAAAGCUUUGCUUUUUGUGGCAACAAUUUUAUAGCUUGUGUGAAUUCCUUUUUUAUUUAAUGAUCUGAAAACAGUAUUUUUGCACACUUGUGACCAUGCGUGGCGGCGUCACUGUAACCGAAGUACACGCACCAGCCCUUGUGCAGUCAUUGUUCCUCCGGUGUUGCGCAUUCCCAGUGUUCAAACGCAGACCUUCGAGACUUCUGUGGAGCUCUGCGGCACCGCAUGCCUGUGCCCUGCCCACUGCAGCGUGACCUGAGACCACAGCAGGCUCCUGCCUGUGAGAUCCCAAGUUGCCCUUGCAGGAAGCAACAGUAUGACAACCAACCACAUAACAAUAAACCUACCUUAGCAAAAAGAGUGUAUUUGUUUUAUGUGAACCUGUACAGUAA